CCACUCCAGCGGCGGGGCAGCUUUGAGAGCCGCAGCUGCGAAGGGCAGGGAAGGAUAGCAGAGGUGUUAGCGACACGCAGGAGCCCAGCAUGGCCCAGACCGAAGACACCAUCGAGACCCCAGCCCUGGGACGACCCUUCCAGCUGGGAAUGCUGUACGACUGCCGUAAAGAUGCCCUCAUCCCAGGGAUCACCCUUUGGGACUGCAGUUCUCUUCAGAAGGACCUGACCAUCAAGCCUCAGCCCAAGACAGAAUCUGAAAUCCUUACGUCUGACACCAUCGAUGAUAAGGCCUCUGCCUUGGACAUCUCAGCCUCCCUCAAGGGCAGUUUCCUUGGGGGGAUGAUUGACGUAGGAGGGUCAGCCAAGUAUCUUCAGGAUACCAAGCAGUCCAAGCAACAGGCCAGAGUCACCAUUCAGUACAAAACCACCACCAAGUAUGAACAGCUGACAAUGAGCCACUUAGGAAUCCAGAAUAUCUCUCACCCAACCAUCUUCGAACAUGGCACAGCCACCCACGUGGUCACCGCCAUCCUCUACGGAGCCCAGGCUUUCUUUGUCUUUGACCAAGAAGUAUCUUCAACAGAGAUGGUGAAAAAUAUAGAAGGAAACCUCCAGGUUACCCUCACAAAGGAAAUAUCUAUGGGAGGAGAAGCAGAGGUCAAACUAACUGAGGAGGAGAAACAGAAUGCUCUGAAGUUCAGGUGCAAAUUCCAUGGAGACUUUUCCCUGAACAAAAAUCCAGUCACUUUCCAAGAUGCGAUCAAAGUUUAUGAAACUCUACCAAAAAUGUUAGGGAAAGAUGGGGAAAAGGCUGUUCCUAUGAGGGUCUGGCUCUACCCUCUGACCAAGCUGGACACCAGAGCAGCCAAGAUGGUCCGUGAGAUCAGCCUAGCAUUGAUCUUUGAUAUGGAAAAGAUCUUGGAGGAACUCAAUGAAAUCCAGAUGCAAAGCAACGAUCUAGCCAAGAAUCGCAAAGAUCCAGCCAAGAAUCCCAUCGCUGAGACCUUUCCUGAGAUCAAGAGGAAGAUCCAGCAGCUCCAAGAUCUGUGCAGGCAACACAGGCAGACUUUCCAGAAACAGCUGGCCAGAGUGUUGCCUUCCAUCCGGGGAGGAGGACAGGAGGAAGGGACCCUGGUGGACAUUUUAGCAUCCGUCAACCGGUCUCCCUUCAACAGCCAAAGUCUCCGUGAAUUUCUGGACACCAGGAAAAGAGAGGUGAACUUUGUCAAAUCUUAUCUGACUAUACUAAGUGAUAUAGAAGUUAUCUCAUCUCAAAAUCAGCUGGAAGAAAUAGUUCUAGACCCCCAGAAUGUAUACGUGGUCUCCUUUAUAUUCACUUCUUUACAUGAAGAGGAGCCAUUUCUCUUGAGCUUACAGGACUGGCUUCAGGAGCAAUUCUUGCCAGGAUCAACUAAGUCAACCAGGUCCACUCCUGGGGUGAAGAAAGGCAAGGCCUGGUUUGAGGACAAGGAGAGGACCCACAAUGCUCGCCAAGCUGCCAAAUCAAUCCAAGACUUUUUCAGUAUCAAUCAAUCCAAUGAGAAGAUCCGCUUUGUGGUGGCCUCACUCCCUGAUGUGGACAACCCAGGAGCCUCGAUAUACCUUUAUGAAGAUGGAGAUCUUGUCAGUAAAAACUUUGAGUUGCCCUCAAAACCUCUCCCUUUGCUGAUCAAUGAAGUGAGACACGACAGCAUUCAACUGAAGUUUCAGCCAGCUGAAUAUGGAAAGGCUGCCAUCUCCAGCUAUAUCUUGUGGUACCUGACUGCAGGGGAAGAAAACUGGGCGACCGUGUUGACAGAGGACGCUGAGGAGAUGUUCCUGCUGAAAGAUCUGUUUCCAAACACAGAGUACCUGUUCCAGUACGCUGCUUGUUGCAAGGUAGGCUUUAGUGAAACCAGUGAGCUGAGCCCACCCAUAAAGACUCUUCCCACUAGUCCUCCUGAGAAAUUAAGGAAGGUCACUGCGGCAUCUUCUGUCAUCUCUGUGGCCUGGAUGAGUCCCAGUAUCAUUGCCUUCGGAGUUGUGGUCAAGGAGUACAAGGUGGAAUACAGAACGGUGAAGGCUGGAGUUGGGAAGGACCAAUGGACUGAAAAAAGGACUGGGAGAAAAACAGGAUUUUAUUCCAUUGAAGGUCUGAAGCCCCAGACAACGUAUAGAGUACGGGUGUCGGCCGUGUGUGAUAAUGGAGCUCUGGGUGUCCCCAGCAAGGAGGUGGAAGUCUCCACAUCACUGGAGGAAGAAGAUGCAGGCAAUGUGGCCCACCAGUUCAUUCAGGAAAGCUCCCUGGGGGAGGACGGACAGCUAUUAAUGUUCGCCCUUCCCCUGAAGGAAACCCCCUUUGUUGGCUCCUCAUCCACUAUCUUGUACGAGCUUGGACAGGUGAACAAUGAAGUGUCCACAAAGAUGAUCCUGGUGAUGGGAGGAACACAGUCUGAGAAAACCGCUCUGUACAACAGGAUGGUCAAUUAUAUUCUGGGUGUCCAGUGGGAAGAUCAAUUCCGGUUCCAAUUCCUUCCUCAAACUCCUCUGAGAAGCAAAGCUGAAAGUGAAACACGUGAUAUCACUGUCUACGGAGUGCACCAUCAGGAGGGUUUCCGAAUUCCCUACUCAGUCAUGAUCCUUGACACUGGAGACUUUGGAAACAUCACGAUGGACAAGAAAGAGGUUGAGGAGCAUGUCCAGGAUUUCUACUCCUGGGGAAAGAACGUUUCCAAGCCUCAGGCCAUCUGCUUUGUGGCCCAGGACUUCCAUGACCAUUCAGCCCACACCCAGAAAUGGAUCAUGGAUUCCAUCCUCUCCAUGUUGGCAAAAGACGUGGAGAAUAACGUCCAACUCCUGAUCACUUUUGCAGACGGGGAGACCCCACCUGUCCUGGUGGCCGUGGAGGAAGAGGACUUGCUGGGUGCUCGGGACGAGUCAGGAAUCCCUCUGCACUUCCGACCCAACAAUUCAGUCCUCUUUGCUGACCAAGAAAAUGGAGGAAGCUACAACGCUGCUGCGGAAAUGUUUUGGAAAAUGAGCAUGGAGACCCUGAAGGAUUUCUUUGACUCCAUGAUUACAGAAGAGAAAAGUUCAAUCUCCAACGAGCCUCAGGAGCCCGAAGCUGGACUUAGAUGUCCACCUUCUCCUAAGAUUGAGCAGGUUCAACCAAAUCUUUUCCAGAUCACUAUCGAUCCAUUGGCCGAAAGAUGGGCCUCCCGGUUCCUGGUGGAAUUUCAGAUUACAGGCAAGGAGGAGUGGCGAAGUCUCCAGACAGAAGGUCCCCAGGAGGCCUUAGAAGAUGUGCAGCUAAGUAUCCGAUGUGCUGCUGGGAACGACCAAGGAUUCAGUCACUGGAGCGAGGAGAUGACUUGCAUUUGUCCCAUGAAGACACCUGAAAAGGAGACUAAUCUUCAAGGAGCGGCACAGGCAGAAGAUUGACAAUAUUAAAAUCGGGAGCCUGAGUUCAAAAUUGUCCUUGUUGGAAACACCAGAGUUCAGAAAAGUGAAACCGGAAACACGGUCUUGUAAACAAACAGAGCACCCCUCACCCCUUCUGGCACUGAUUGUUAUAUAUUUGCAUACUUCCCUAUGAUAGGUUGGUCCGUGGCGGCGGGAGAUUUGAAGAGCCGCCAUUGGCCACGAACCGCAAGCAGCCGGCUAUAAAAAAGGCUGCCGCGGUUUCUCUGCAUGCUGUUACUAGAAAGAAAAUAAA